AUGCGUUGGCAGACAAGUCAUUCUUUAACUACAACUCAUUUGCUCGCCAUAAUCUCCACGGCAAAUACACUCAUGGGGAUGAAGAACGCAGCCGCCCAGGUCGAAAAUACGCGAAGGAGCUCACUUGCAUCGCAAACGCAACCAUCACGAAAACUUACCGCAGAAAAUGUGGUUAGUGAAAGACAACAACUCAAGCAAGGAUGGAGUCUUCUUGCUGCCCUGCACUGUGUUCUUUUACCUGAUCACGUACGUCCACGAAGCACUUACGCUGCUCCACGGAUAGAACUUUUGGCCAGAAGGUGGCAAGACAGCUGCGUUGAGAUUCGCGAAGCAGCUCAAGCUCUGUUGAUUCGAGAGUUGUCUCGAUUAGACUCCGCAGGACGUCGACGCCUCGUUGAGUCAUGGACACCAUUCCUGCCGCCCUUGUUGGAUCCAGCCUUAUCAAUUUUCGGUCAGUAA